ACAUUCAGGCUGUGUGAACCACAUAUUCGCAUACAUACGAUGGUCAUGGAAGGAAAACCACAAGCUCCCCAUGUUCUAAUCUUCCCUCUUCCCUUUCAAGGCCAUAUCAACUCGAUGCUGAAGCUCGCGGAGCUUCUUUCACUGGCCGGCAUCACCAUAACAUUCCUCAACACCCCUCACUCCCACCACCAACUCACUCACCACUCCGACGUUCUCUCUCGCUUCUCUCGCUUUCCCACCUUCCGUUUCUGCACCAUCACCGACGGCCUUUCACCAGACCACCCACGAACCAUCGAGUUCUUCGCCCAGAUCAUCGCCUCCUUUGACACCGUCACCAAGCCGAUUUUCAAACACUGGCUGAUUUCGGGCCAUUUCGGUCCCGACCUCACGUGCGUUGUGCUCGAUGCAUUCUUUAAGAAUCUUAUUGAUGCUGAGGAUGCUGAAAUUAAACAGCCCAUUUUUGGUUUCCGGACUGUCAGUGGUUGUUCCGUUUGGGCUUAUUUACGUGUUCCUCAUCUCAUUGAAGACGGCCAACUUCCGAUUAGAGGAGAGGAAGACAUGGACAGAAUGAUAACAAACAUACCAGCCAUGGAAAAUCUUCUCAGAUGCAGAGACCUCCCUGGUUUCUGCCGGGUCACUGACACAAACGACUCUGUUCUUCAAUUCGUCGUCAAACAAACUCAACAAAGCUACCAAUUUCACGCCCUCAUAUUGAAUUCAUUCGAAGAUUUAGAAGGGCCCAUUCUCUCUAACAUUCGAACUUUAUGCCCAAACCUCUACGCCAUCGGACCCCUUCACGCCCUUCUCAAAACCAAACUCUCCCACGAAACAGAGUCGAUGAACAAUCUCUGGCAAGUCGACCAGAGCUGUCUGGCGUGGCUGGAUAAUCAACCGCCGGGAUCCGUCAUUUACGUCAGUUUCGGAAGCAUUACAGUGAUGGGGAAUCGGGGGCUGAUGGAGUUUUGGCAUGGACUGGUGAAAAGUGGGAGGAAUUUUUUGUGGGUCAUACGGCCGGACCUUGUGAAGGGCGGGGAGAUCGAAAUUCCGGCGGAGUUGGAGGAAGGGACGAAACAGAGAGGGUACAUCGUGGGAUGGGCUCCGCAAGAGAAAGUGCUUUCUCACGAAGCAGUUGGUGGGUUUUUGACUCACAGUGGUUGGAAUUCGACUUUGGAGAGCAUAGUCGCCGGGAAGCCGAUGGUUUGUUGGCCGUAUACGGCGGAUCAGCAGGUGAAUAGUAGAUUUGUGAGCAAUGUGUGGAAAUUGGGAGUGGAUAUGAAGGAUUUGUGCGAUAGAGAAAGUGUAGCAACAAUGGUGAAUGAUGUUAUGGUGAAUAGAAAAGAGGAAUUUAUGAGAUCGGCGAGUGAGAUGGCUGAGUUGGCUGGGCGAAGCGUAAGCCCAGGUGGAUCGUCCUAUGCUGAUUUCGAUCGUCUUGUAAAUGAGAUUAGAUUGCUUAGCCAAUAGAUAGAAUAAAGAGCCAAUGUCGUUCUUACAUCUCUGUUUUUUCUUCUAAAAUGUGAAAACAACAUUUGAAUGGAUGAUUUUUGUGUUUGUAUUGAUAAAUUAUACACAUAUAAAUAGUUUAGUACAACACUAAAA